GGGAGGCGGGAUGGGCGGCGGCAUGAUCGGCGGUGGAAUGGUAAUUUUUGAUUCCUCGAUAAAUUUUUCAAAGUAUCUAAUAAGUGAACUACAUUUUUAGGGAGGAGGAUGGAAGGAAGGUGGUGAAGACUACUACUCGUAUCCGAAGUACAAGUUCGAAUAUGGAGUGAAGGACAUCCACACCGGUGAUCACAAGAGCCAAUGGGAGAUGCGCGAUGGAGAUGUCGUCAAGGGAGAGUACACGCUGGAUGAAGCUGAUGGAUCGAAGCGAAUUGUUGAAUACUACGCUGAUGGAAAGAACGGUUUCGAAGCCAAGGUGAAGAAUAUCGGCGGAGGUGGAAUGGGCGGAGGAAUGGGUGGAGGUAUGGAAGGAGGUAUGGGAGGAGGUAUGGGAGGUGGAAUGGGAGGUGGAUUCGAAGGCGGCUACCACGGAAUGGGAUACAGCUACAGUAAGCUGAAGAAGUACAACUAAUCUUACUAAGACUGAUGAUCAUGUCAAGACUGGAAAUCGACGUUGAAUAAAGUAUUAGCUAGUG